UUAGUUUUAUUCAUUUUCUAUAGACAUCAACAGUUGACGCAGCACUCGAGUUGACCUAACAUAACUCCUUUUCCCACUCACACUCUUCCUUACAUAAGAAGAUCCUAAAACUCUAGGAACCACUCCUUAUGACUAUGACCUCCUUUAUUUUCUCAUCUCAAGCCGCACUGAGCCACAGCACUCCUUGAGGUUUGCAUGCAACCACUACAAAACCUCUAAACAUUUUUACUACAGUAAAUCUAGAUCUCAACGUCCCAUAUAACCGCCAAUAGACCAUCCUCCCCACCUCUCCCACGCCCUCCCCUGUCUCGCUCGCAACGCUGCAGCAAGCCAUGGGCGUGAGCACUACUGACUUGUCCGCGCCAACCCGCUCCGUGAACCUGUCGGGGUGCAUGGCCACGGCCUCUUCCUCGACCUCCUCCUCCAGCACCACUACGUGGCCGCGGGCAGACAAGCACCGGGGCGCCGCCGCCGUCGUCCGGCGCGCGCAGCUCGUCCUGUCGCGUGACGCUGGCUGGUGCGGGCUGCGCGCGUGGCGGCGGCUGAUCAGGCGGUUGGCGCAGGAGACCAAGUGCAUCUGCAGCUCUCCGACGGCGGCCACGGGCAGGCCCAUCACGUUCGGCUACGACGCCGCCAGCUAUGCCAAGAACUUCGACGACGGCCGCAGCCCCGCGCCGCGCUGCGCCGCCCCCGUCAUCGUCGUCGCCAGUGCCGUCGAUGAUUCGAGAGGCAGCUGAGCCGGAUAUUCGUUCUAUUCUCCCCUCGUCGAUCCCCUUCCGGUCUUUAUUUUCCCUUUUCUUUUCGUUGUUUUUUUAUUUCCUUCUCUUUCUAGCACCUCCUUGGUGAUGGUGAUAUUGGUGUUGUAAUGACCUGCCUCAUCAAUACCUCACGCGUAUCUAGUAAUUUUGUACAUAGCUUUCGAUAUAACACGAUUGGAGUUCGGCCAAAUGCAGGCAAUGCAUGAUCCUCUGAAUCUCAUCUCUUGGUAAGCAAUUUUAAUCAGAAUUCAGAUA